CCGGAACUUUCUGUCGUCUUGCAACAAAUCUACUAUCAGAGGUGCAUCCUUGAACGAUAACAAUGAUGUGGAAAUCGCAGUGACAUCUGAUGGAAACACAAUAGUGUGUUAUCAUCCGACAGAAGACGUACCCUAUGAGCUCACACAGCCGAUUGUCAGGCCAGACGCUAUCAGUGAUCAUGCAGAAACCCAUGAGCAGGUGCUCAAAGCCAGACUUGGUAAAGGCGUUUUAAAUAACAAACAGGCCCCGACUAUAGAGGAGCUCAGUAAGAUGUUUUACACCACCAAACACCGCUGGUACCCCGUCGGACAGUAUCACACAGGACGAAACCCAAAUCCACCCAAAGACAGAUAGAUGCUUUUUCUCUCCUCU